UUGUUCUCAUGCCUAGUUUUUCUUUCCCGACACUUGCAACGUGAAAUACAGUUAGCUUUACUUUGGCCAAAAAGAAGAAAAAAAACACGCGACAUGUACUCGCAACGCUUUGCCAGCGCCUUGCCGGCCGCCCACCUCCAGUGCCAGCGUCGCAGCUUGGCCAAGAAGUCCAUCUGGGACGCCAAGGGGUUUACGCUCCAUCGCCUGCUGUCCAAGAAGGAUGUCACAGCCACUGAACCGAACCAGGCUCAGGCGGAGGCAGUGCCAAAAACCAUUGAGGAGCAAAAGCAGAAACUGCCCAAUGUGGGAGCCUAUGUCCGCCUGAUUUCCGCCGAUGGACGCAGCCUGCGCGACGUUCUGGCCGCCAAGGUGCCCCAGGAGCAGGAGCGCGUAAAGAACUUCCGCAAGCAGCAUGGUGCCACCAAGAUGGGCGAGACCACCAUCGAUAUGAUGUAUGGCGGUAUGCGCGGCAUCAAGGCCCUGGUCACGGAGACAUCCGUGCUGGACGCCGACGAGGGUAUCCGUUUCCGUGGCCUCUCCAUUCCCGAGUGCCAGAAGGUUUUGCCCGCCGCCGAUGGUGGCACUGAGCCCCUGCCCGAGGGUCUCUUUUGGCUGCUGCUCACCGGUGAGGUGCCCACCAAGUCUCAGGUCCAACAGCUGUCCCGGGAGUGGGCCGAGCGUGCUGCCUUGCCCCAGCAUGUGGUCACCAUGUUGAAUAACAUGCCCACCACCCUGCAUCCCAUGUCGCAAUUUGCCGCCGCCGUCACUGCUUUGAAUCACGACAGCAAGUUCGCCAAGGCCUAUUCCGAUGGUGUGCACAAGAGCAAGUACUGGGAGUACGUCUAUGAGGACAGCAUGGAUCUGAUUGCCAAGCUGCCCGUGGUGGCGGCCACCAUUUACUGCAAUACCUAUCGCGGCGGCAAGGGUUCCCGCUCGAUUGACUCCAGCCUGGAUUGGUCGGCCAACUUUGUGAAGAUGCUUGGCUAUGACAACGCCCAGUUCACCGAACUGAUGCGUCUCUAUCUGACCAUCCACAGUGAUCACGAGGGUGGCAAUGUCUCCGCUCACACGGUUCAUUUGGUGGGCUCUGCCCUCAGUGAUCCCUAUCUGUCGUUUGCCGCCGGCAUGAACGGUCUGGCUGGUCCCCUGCACGGUCUGGCCAACCAGGAGGUGCUCGUUUGGCUGCGUAAGCUCCAGAAGGAGGCUGGUAAUAAUCCCUCGGAGGAGCAACUUAAGGAGUACAUCUGGAAGACCCUCAAGUCGGGACAGGUGGUGCCCGGCUAUGGUCAUGCCGUGCUCCGUAAGACCGAUCCUCGCUAUACCUGCCAGCGUGAGUUUGCCCUGAAGCAUCUGCCCGAAGAUGAGCUGUUCCAGCUGGUGUCGAAGAUCUACAAGGUGGUGCCACCAAUUCUAACUGAGACCGGCAAGGUGAAGAACCCCUGGCCGAAUGUAGAUGCCCAUUCCGGUGUCCUGCUGCAGUACUAUGGCAUGAAGGAGAUGAACUACUACACGGUGCUGUUUGGUGUGUCGCGUGCCCUUGGUGUUUUGGCCUCUUUGGUGUGGGACCGUGCCCUGGGCCUGCCCAUUGAGCGCCCCAAGUCCUUCUCCACCGAUCUGCUGGUCAAGAUGGUACAGAAGUAAAUUGCGAUUUGGUUUUGGGGGGCGGAGGGCAGGAGAUGGAGGAUGGAGUUUGGAGCUUGGAGUUUGGAGUUUGAGAAGCUGGAGAAGUUCAACAGAGGACGUAGAAGGCAAUUUGGAGAUGAAGCAGUAGAUUGUAACAGACGAGAGACGAGGAAGAGACGACGCUGAUAUUGAGAGUUGGAAACAUCAACCAAAUACGAACCAAUAGGAAAAAAUCCAGAAGAAAAAACACUGCAACAGCAAAACAAUAAGUUGGAAAUAAGGCCGAAACUUAUUUUUAGUAGUAAAAUAAUGUACGGAAAACAAGCCAGAAAACCACUUAAUUAAUUGUAUAAGCUAUAUAUACGAUUGGCUAUAUAUAUUUAUAUAAAAGAAAGGGACAAAGGCAGAAAAGAGAGAGAAAGAGAGAAAUAUGUUUGCGCCUAUUGUUUAUGUUUAGCAUUUCCCCCCUACUCCCACUUUUCCUCCUCUUAAUUUACUUUUACGUUUCCCUUUUUUUUUUUGCUGACCAACUAACCGACCUUAACCUAACCCCCCCUCCCAAAUCCCCACUUAAAGCUACGCCCCUGGACAAAGCCCACCAGCAGCACCUCCUCUACCACCCACCCCUCGCCUGAAAAAAAAACCUUAAAAAAAUUACUAACUUGAUAACAUUUUACGUUUAAUUUAACUAUAAUUUAUUAUGCAAACAAGAUACAAAAACGAGAAAUACAAUACAAAAACAAAUGUAAAGAAACCCACAAAAACAUCUGAAAAAAACUCAAUAAAAACAAAAAACAGAACAAUAAAUAAUAUUUAAAACCUAGAGUAGUUAUUGCCCUGAACACCUCUCUGAGGCUGAGGCUGCAUAAGCGUUCGUUCAUUCAUUCAUUGCCAUUGCAAGUGUAUUCGGAAAAGCAAAAAACUCGAGAAUAAACCUUAGCAAAACUUGAAA